AUGCAGCAAAGUGUUAUGCUUAUCGUACUGGUCGUGCUAUACAGUGUACAGUUUGCCAGUGCUCAAACGUCGCUAUCAGUAGUGCCCGAUACUAUCGAGAUGAAACAAAGUGUGAAGCUUGUCUUGCUGGUCGUGCUCUACGGUGCACAGUUUGCCAGGGCUCAAACGGUAACCGAUGUCACUGAUAUCGCCGCUUAUCCGUACGCAGCGUAUCUAGAAUACGGGGACGGCGGUUCAGGAAAUGGUGCUAUUAUCAGCGACACUCAGGUCCUCACUACAAUAUCGGCUGUAAACCCCGGUCCAGGUGUACAGAUUAGCGUUUAUGUUGGUAAUGCCGUAAGGCGCGCAGGAACUCUGUUCAUGUCUCUAAGCUAUCAAAAACACCCCCAGUACAAUGCGACGAAUUUCGACAACGAUGUGGGCAUUGUGACCAUUAAUGGCACCUUCGCCGGCUUGCCGAAUGUGCAACCCAUUGACAUACGGACUACCGCAUUUACCCAAAACCCCGUAAGCUGUUUUGUUAUUGGAUGGGGAGUGUUCAUCUUUAGUUCUACUUCGAGUGCACCAAUGAAUCGAAUCCAAUACCAACUGGUCACCGAUCAGGAUUGUGCAACAAGAUUGAAACCUCAACCUUCCACAAUACAAUGCGCCAGUGCGAGCAAAGGUACGGGGCUUUUUGAGGCAGGCUCCCUUCCGUUAGUGUGUGACAAUCAAUUGUAUGGUCUACUCAUCAAAUACGAGUACAGUUUCUCCGACGCCCAACCGAUUGAUAUCUUUACAAAGCUAGUAGCACCCAGCAUUCAAGAUUUUCUGUUUCCCAAAGCAUCUGUUGCCCAAAGUUCGCAAAGACGGAAUUAUGUGAGUUGUAAUUAAAGGCAGCGGAUUUAUGUGUCAGCCAUGUGCAAAAAGUGAGUCUAUCUUGAUGCUGACUACACUCAUGGCGGUCACCUAACGAAACGACAACGAAAUAAACUGGACCAUAGCAAACUUAAACUAGCAACCUCGCUACAUUCGAUACUUCGGUUUUUGGUGUUCCGCCGGUGCACCGACAGCGAAUAUUUGCAAUAAAAGUUUAAUUUUCAUCCCA